GGAACCGAGCUGCAGCGACACGCUUCCUCCGGAGCUGAAUAUUUCAGAAUGGGAGGAUGAAGCUUUCUUGUUAUGAUAUGUCUGCUCUUUCUCUCACGUUUUAGGUUUCAUUUGAAUGCAUUUCUGAGCAACUGAAGGUCGGACCAAAAAGAUUUACUCUGCUCUUUGAAUAAUCUUUUUUUGUGUAUAUCCAGAGGCAAUUUCAGAAAAAGAAACCCACUUGCAAAUACGGUCUUGUGCUUUCUUUUCUUUCUUUUUUUUAACACAAAAUUGUUCAAAUGGAGAUAUCACAAUGACAAGCCCUUCAGACUGAAGAGACGGAAGGCCACCAGAUGUUUGAGGGGAUUGCCGUCCACCUAUGGCUGUGCUGGGGAUCUCUAUACCUGUUGGCAGCGGGGGUGGCAUUCUCAUCUGAAACACGCCGGCCGUGUCCGCAGUCUUGCCACUGCAACGCCGUGCUGCUGGAGGUGAACUGUUCCGAUGGCCAACUCACCACAGUGCCCGAAGUUCUGCCACAAAACUCUAAACUACUAAACCUAACACAUAAUAAGUUCAAGACUCUGGUGCACGAGCAGUUCCAGACUUUGACACAACUUUUAGACUUAGAUUUGAGUGACAACAUCAUAGUAAUAAUUGAAGUGGAAGCCUUUCUCGGCUUACAAAGUCUGAUAACUCUGCGUCUCGCUCGCAACCACCUGAAGAUUAUUCAUGUCGGAGUAUUUGAUGGUUUGCCAAAACUAAAGUUACUUGACUUAAGCAGCAAUGAGAUCCUUGUUUUUCUAGAUUUUACUUUCCGUGACUUAACUGCUCUGCAGUGUAUUAAAGCAGCAGAUAAUGACUUAGUUUUAAUUUCUCAUAAAGCUUUCACUGGCUUAAGCAAUCUGCAAGAGCUGUGCCUUGAUUGCUGCAACCUCACUGCUGUGCCGACGGAGGCCCUCACACAGCUCGCCGGGCUGAGAAGUCUUCAUUUUCACCGACUGGGCCUCACCACGCUGCCAAACUACUCUUUCCGUCAACUAGAGCGUCUCAAGGAACUUGUCAUUUCUCAUUGCCGCUGGCUGGAGACUCUGUCAGGAAACAGUCUCUUUGGCCUUAAUCUUACAUCCCUAACCAUUAGGCACUGUAACCUCAGUGCUGUCCCCUACAUCCCUUUGCAUCAUCUUGUAUAUCUUUUAUACCUUGACCUUUCUUUUAACCCAAUCACCUACAUUCAUGGCAACCUGUUUGGAGACUUGCUCCGUCUCCAGGAGCUCCAUCUGGUGGGGGGAUCAUUGCUACGUAUCGAAAUAGAAGCAUUCAGGGGUCUGGCACAUUUCAAACUGCUGAAUGUAUCUAGAAACCUUCUCGCCACACUCGAGUUAGGAGCUUUCCAUUCAGUGGACACCCUAAGAACUCUGGGACUUGAUAAUAACCCACUAGCGUGCGACUGCCGCCUGCUGUGGGUGGUACGAAAGAGACUAUAUCUGGACUUUGGUGGAAAUCCACCGACUUGCACUACCUCAGUCCAGUUGCAGGGAUGGUAUUUUCUUGACUUUACUGAAGGUAAACUCCCAGGCCUGCUCACAUGUCGGCAGCCUCGUAUUCUGAACCGCAAACCUCAAGAAGUGAGAGUAGAUCAAGGACACACGGUGGUGUUUUACUGCCAUGCAGAAGGUGACCCUGUGCCAUCUGUCACCUGGUUAAGCCCACAGCUAAAACCUCUAUCACCCAUUGGUAGAAUACGGGCUCUCUCUAAUGGCUCGCUGGAGGUACGCUAUGCUCAACCUCAUGACAGUGGUGCAUAUCUCUGUGUGGCAUCUAACGCGGCAGGAAAUGACAGCCUGCCCGUCAGCCUUCAUGUACGAGCCUUUCCAUCAUCUUCUAAAAAAACCUUUCGUCUUAAAGGUUGGUUUGCCUUUCCGUCCGCCUCUCCAAGUGUGAAUGGAAAUCAGAGUAUCCCAUUUGAUGUCAAGACGUUACUGGUAGCUGCAACCAUUGGGUUACUUUCAUUUUUCAGCUCAGUGAGCGUAUGUUUCAUCUUCAUGUUCUUCUGGAGUAAGAGUAAAGGGCAACUAAAGCACACAGCCACAAUAGCAUACGUGCCGCGAAGCGCCACGUCAAGUAGUAAGGGAGGGACAGGAAACUUUAUGGAGACAAGCAGGUGCACCAUGAAACUAAUAUGAGUCAAUAAAAAACCUAUUUCAUGGUAUGACUUGGUACAUUCAAAUGUAAAACUUACUAGACAGAUUUGAUUUCAGAGUUUGUGAAAGUGUCUAACAGACGCUGACUGUUGAUUUAUUCAUAUAAAUGUAAACAUGUUAGCGAGGGCCUAUGUUGUGCAAAAGUGAAACAGAUCAGACGUAAGCCCUUCUAAACAUUAAAAUCUUUAGAAUCUAACCACAUCAUUGAUUAGCUUUAUUUUUCAAGUCUGUCUCUUUAUAUGAGACAGAAGUUCCACUAUAACAAACCCUGAAUGUAAAGCAACCAAAGUAAGCAAUAUUUAAUUAGCAUAAUGCAUGUACCGUAGAGAUGUAAAGUAUUCAGUUGAUUGCAUGUUGCUUAUAUUGCUUUUGUUGAUGUUAGUAUAUGGAAACAAUUUAAGAACUUGUUUUUGUUUAUUUGGUUUCUAAAGAACAAAUUAAAUAGUGCUCUGUUUAAUUGAAACAAUUAUGAUGGACCUCAGAUGGUAGCUGUGAAAUAAUUCAAAUAUGUUAGGAAUGUUAACCUUAUAUUAAGGUUAAUGUACACAAUACCUGCAUCUAUAUAGCAUUUCUACUUAAUUUGAUUAUAUAUCUUUUGCUGGUAUUUUAAUAUUGUCAUAUAUUGUCACUUGUUACAUAUUGUCACUGUACUCAUUAUUUAAUGGAUGUGUAGAAUGUAUGUUUUUCUUUCAAUUCCCCAAUAAAGCACUUUAU